AUGACUCAGGAUAGGGAACGGAAGAUCAUCUGGUUAGUAGGAAAGGCGGAUUCAGGAAAGACAGCCGUGCUGCACACGUUAGCGGAUGAACUCCGCCAGGAGGACAGGCUCGCGGGCACAUUCUUCUUCUCCUCAGCACAUCCCAAGCGAAACUCAUUCGACUAUGUGUUUCCAACUCUUGCGUAUCAGCUCGCCAUUCAGCACCCUCGCGCACAGGAAGCCAUCACCAAAGCCAUCGCUAAUGACCCCGCACUCCUCCUCGCGGAGAAGUCACGUCAGGACCAGCUAGAAAAGCUACUUGUCCCUCCCCUCAGACAGAUCCGUCGGAUAUGGGCUUCCAAGACUGGUGCUACUCUCAUCUUGGAUGGACUGAACGCGGCGACCACGGAACAAGUUGGUCCGUUCGUUACGCAGCUCGCUAAACUCGUCCGCGACGCUACACUCCCCAUCGACACCAUCAUCGUCUCCAGCACACUGAAGUCUCAUAUCAAUGUGGAGAUGCAACGGACUAAUCUUCGAGAAGUCGUGAAGAUCGUUCGGAUGGAGGAAUACGACUCGCGCGACGACGUCAGCUUAUUCCUUCAGCAUGCAUUCGACGUGAUGCGCAGCAGCCACAGAAUGUCUGCUUCGUGUCCCGGCGAACGCGAUCUCUCGGCCCUCGUAGAACUCACCAACGGCAACUUCGUCUCUGCGACAGCGUUAAUCAAGCUGAUAAACAAAGACCAUCUUCAGGGCCGUCUCGCACUCCUCUUCAGCAUGCUCCGUGGCGAUGUGGCAUACGUUUGGGGAACGAUCGAGCGCCAGAUAUUAAUCAUCGUUGAUCAAGCUGAGGCUUCCACUCGCGGGCUGCAGUACCUCUACGUGAUCCUCGACCUUGUCGAAGAACUAGCAAAUCCGAAGUUACGCAAGAUCGUUGGCGUUGACGUCAUCCCAUAUCUCCGCCCAUUUUCAGCGCUUCAAUCGGUAUCUCCUUCCCUUUCACUCAACCCUGUGCAGAUCUACAGCAUGUCGUUAAAAGAGCUCAUGCGGACGUAUACACCAGCCACACACGAAAAGGUCAAACCCUACGAUAAACGUCGGCACUUGAGUAGUACGUUCUUGGGCUCGAUAAAGUCCAUGCUGAAAAAUUGGCAGAGGCUUCACCAGGGUCUAGUUCUCGCGGACGUAUCUGACGAUGCAGAAACGACAGAAGAUUUCUCGUUCGAAGGAAGUACGAAGCGAGCAAGCAAUAGUGGUAUACGAGAGAAAUCAAGGGCGAGCCAAGCAGUGUCACGUCUGCAGUCAAGAUCCUUCCCAAUUAUAAUCGCGCCUUUUUUCAAAGUAGUCCACUUCCGGAUACAAUAAGCCCUCAUCGGCUAGAAGAGCUGAGCUUGAUGGACCGUAUGCACUCUACAGGCCACCCAGAUAUACCUUCAAGCGAAAUGUUACGCGCAUCAAUAUACGAUACGGAAGAACGAACCAGAGGCGGGACUCAAUACAGCCGACCGUCGAUAUCUACUGAAUUUGUAGGCUACCCAUCCCGUUCUAGCACCCCUUUCAUCCCC